AUUCUUGGAAAUUACGGAGCUCUGAUUUAAGACGAAUUGUAAAGACAGGAAAUUGUGGCAUCGGAGGAAAUUAUGGCAUCGGCUCGCAAAGAAAAUUAACGAUUACCACAUUCUUAGGUCAGAAAGAAGACUAGGCGCAAACCAACGCGACGUCCGAAAAUAGCGGAAGAAUUGUAAACCUCAAUUAACAUUUUAACGUGGGAUCCAAACAAGGAAGAGAUCAGUUAGGUAAUUAUCAUCAAUUAAGGCUUUAUUGUGUUUUCCAUUAUUGAAUAAUUGUGCAAGUUUGAUUAAUCGAACAAUGUAGAGUUAUUAACUUUUAUUGUGACUAACCUGUGAUUUUCUGUUGCAUGUACCUGUUUUAUUGAGUGAGCCUCAAUGAAAGAGAAAGUUUAACACUGGGCAUCGAUGUACACUAGCAGAACUACUCAAGUCUAUAAAAAGGUUGAGGCCAGCCCACUUUCAUUCCUGAAGCAGGAGAUCAUGCACAUGUCUGUUAAGCAAGAAACUCCAGUUGAGGCUGACCCACUUGCAUUCCCAAAGCAAGAGAUCGAGUACAUACCUAUUAAGGAAGAAACUCCAGAGUGGGGCAUGCCUGAUGACCACGAUAGUAUGCGUGAUCCGCUAAGCAUAACUAAAGAGGAAUGUUCAUCUUCAGAAGAUUUUCUCAGCUCUAGAGCUCUCAGCAUUAAGGAGGAAGAGGACAGGAAAGACAAGGACACAAUGAGGGAGGAUGACUUUCAGUGCUAUCCAUGUUGGUGCAGAGGAUGACAAGACUAAUGAUGACAGCGGAGGUUUGAUUACCUGCAUUCCACUGGCUUCAGGAACAGGCGACACGCUGCAGUGCAGCACCAAACAGGAAGUAUCCUGUGGGAAUAAAAUUUGUGCUAGAUAUGUGGGGCACAGAUGUGGCAUCUGCAAAGCGACAUUUGCACAGUUGCAAGAACUGAAGGAGCACACGCACUUGAACAGACAUGAACUUACACAAUCGUGUAGUAUGUGUCACAAAACUUUCACAAAGAGUUCCGAUUUGAAGAGGCACAUUCGAGUGCACAGCGGUGAACGCCCAUACAGCUGUAGCGUUUGCAAUCAGGCAUUCGCUCGAAAUUCGGCACUAAAGCAGCAUUCACGAUUGCACACUGGUGAACGUCCAUACAGCUGUGGUGUUUGCAACAAGACAUUCGCACAUAAUGAUGUACUGAAGCAUCAUUUGCUGUUACAUACUGGCGAACGUCCCUACAUCUGUGACAUUUGCAACAAAAGUUUCAUUGUUAAAAGUAAACUGAGGGAUCAUAUGCGGGUGCACACCGGCGAACGCCCCUACGUCUGUGGCAUUUGCAACAAGACUUUCAUUGUCAAAAGAAAACUGAGGGAUCAUAUGCGGGUGCACACUGGCCAGCGCCCAUACAUCUGUGGCGUUUGCAACAAGACUUUCACUGGCAAAAAUAAUCUGAUGGAUCAUUUGCGAGUGCACACCGGCGAACGCCCCUACACCUGUGGCGUUUGCAACAAGACAUUCGCUCGUAAUUCGGCAUUUUAUCAGCAUUUACGAUUGCACAGUAGUGAACGCCCACACAGGUGUGUCGUUUGCAACAAGACAUUCACUCGUAGCUCGACACUCAAGCAGCAUUCGCAGCUGCACACCAGUGAACGCCUAUAAAGCUGUCUAGGGUGUCAUAAGAGAUUCAGAAUCAUCACCAUGUUGAAGGAACACUCGUGAUUGCACGCUGGUGACAAAAACAUAAUUUUGAACAUUUAUCAGAUGUAACUUUUUCUGCAGCAACUUGCAAAUGCCCCUAGCUCUCCACACAAGCGGCCAUUCUAUACUUACAUAUUUCCUCAGAGAUUCACAAUGCCUACAGUAUGCGUAAGUGCCACAUGAAAAUGGACUGUGAGUGCACAGUGGUUAAUACUGUUAAUGCUGUGAUUGUACUAUAAGUAGCUGAAGAGGAGAAACAGCUUAAAAAGUGCUUCUGAAAUCUCACAUUUUGUGUGAUUGCAGUAUCUGUAGGUCCUGCAGGGUCACAGGGAGUAGUGAUAAAGUUUUCAUUAUCUCAUCUAAAAAGUGAAGUUAAAUAGUUAAUGUCUCUUCGUUUUAUAUGUACAUAUCUGGUAUACAUUGAGAUCUCUGUGCCUCUGUGCAGUUGCACGCAGCUAGAGCAACUAAAACGAUGAAACGAUGUGGAGCAGCCCACUUCCUUUUUAUCAGUAGCCUGUGUCAUUUUUUCCUGCCCUCUAGCGGUGUGGUGAAGUACUUUCGCACAGGGAUUUCAGAGCAUCCAAGAAUUCCAGAAUUGUGUCUGCAACAAAGACUACCUAACAUUAGUUUUUCCUUUCUCUUUCCUUUUGUCUUAUUGUAAAAUAUGGUUAUCUGAUGCAGACACUUGGCCACAUUUUCGAUCCAAAGCCACAGUAGCAUUGAUUGGUUGCAAGACAUCAUUGUGAUUGGAGUUCAUUUUUUAUUGAAAUUAUGCUUGAUAUUGUGAAAUAAAAUAAUACUAACAUCUUGUAGCGAUCUGCUUUUCGUUUUAGGUAAUAAUGUGUUGGAUAUUAAAAACGUUUUACAUAUCUGUGCUACUGCACGUUUUA